UAAGAAAUUGUCCAAAAUUCAUGCUAUAAGUUUAAAAUGUAUAAGAAAUAGUGUAUAAUUUAUGCAAAUGUGUGAAGUCUAAAUUUGGUCUAUAAUCUUUAUAAAAUUAUCAAACAUUUUCAUAUGAUAUUUGGUUUAUAAUCUAUAUAAAUAGGUCUUAAAUCUACAUAAACUGGCAUAAAAUCUGCAUAUAUUAUAUGAAUCACUAUAAAAUCUAUAUACAUUAAUCUGAAGUCUGAAUGAACUGGUUUAAAAUUCAUAUAAAUUGGUACUAAGGAACAUAUUUAAAGUGAUCACAUAUGUAAGACAAAUUUGAGUUACUGUAAUGUUUUUAUUUGUUUUUAGCUUGAAAGCCCCAGCUAUUAAAAUGGGAAAACAACUUUUGUAGCUUUUAYAAUUUUCUUUAAUUAAGACUUUUGUGCUGUUGGAGAAUAUUUCCCGAAUGUGGUUAUAUAUUUUUAGGAGACGAGUGGGGUUUGGAUGGAUGGAAAAUAAGAACAUCUAAUUGAUUGUCCAUUAAAAAAUGGUUAUUGUUGGGGAGAAUGAGUGAAAAAAGGAUGGAGAGAAGUAAUAACGUCAUCAUCUGUUUACGUGUCCUUGUCUGUAAGAGUAUAAAGUCAAAAAAGAUCGAUCAGAGGGACACAAGUGGAGACAACAGCUGAAAUCUUUGUUGGGAGAAAAACUAAAAGAAGAGCAGAAAGAGGAAGAAAAGACAGAGGAAUGCGUCCUGUGCUGCUAUUGGUGGCUGCGGCCGUGGUGGGCGUGGCCAGAGGAGCGCACAGUCACUGCUGGGAGCAUCCCAGCUGUCUGGAGCUCCACUCUGAGGGCAGCAUGAAGGARUGUCUCCAGCUCUGUCAGUCCGACCUACACAAGAUGGCCGCCGUCCUCGCCAGCGCCCAUCUUCAGCCUCUCCCUUCGUCAGACCCGCUUUCCGUUUUACCCUCCUCCACCUCCACGCCUCAGGCCAGACGCUCCUACUCCAUGGAGCACUUCCGCUGGGGGAAGCCUCUGGGGCGGAAGCGCCGCCCCAUCAAGAUCCUCCCGGGGAACGGCGCCGAGGAAGAGUCGGCCGAGCUUUUCCCCGGAGAGGCAAGGAGGCGGGAGCUCUCCAGGGAGACGGCAGCCGUCGAGGAUGAGGAGAAGGUGGCGAAAGAGGAGGCGGAGAAGCUUUCCAACGAGCUCCACGACAGAAAAGACGCGCCGUACAAGAUGAAGCACUUCCGCUGGGGGGGCCGGCCCAUGGCAAGCAAACGCUACGGGGGCUUCAUGAAGAGCUGGGAYGAACACAGCCAGAGGCCUCUGCUCACGCUUUUUAAAAAUGUCAUCAAUAAGGAAGAAUAGGAGGAGGAGAGCAGCGAAGGAAGGAGGACACA